UUCCUCCUCCUUUCCUUCUCCAUUUUUCGAAAGAAAUUUUUCCCUCAUCAUGAAGGCUUUAAGUUUCUUUGUUGGUAUCAUAGGCAACAUAAUCUCAAUUCUUAUGUUUCUAUCUCCAGUGAAGACAUUUUGGAGGAUUGUGAAGGACAGAUCAACACAGGAGUUUGAGUCUCUUCCUUAUAUUUGUACACUGCUAAAUUCAUCUCUAUGGACUUAUUAUGGAAUCACAAAGCCAGACAGUUAUCUUGUAGCAACUGUUAACGGUUUUGGUGUGAUUGUUGAGACCAUAUAUGUCAUCUUGUUUCUUGCAUUUGCACCUCCAUGGAAGAGGGCUAAAACUGCAAUAUAUGUUGCAAUUCUGGAUGUUGGUUUUCUAGCAGCUGCAAUUUCAGUAACUUACUUUUUACUGCAAGAGGAUAUGAGAAUCGAUGUAACUGGUUUUAUGUGUUCAGCCCUAAAUGUUAUCAUGUAUGGUUCGCCUCUUGCAGCUAUGAAAAGUGUGGUGACAAUGAAGAGCGUGGAGUAUAUGCCAUUUCUUCUCUCAUUUUUCCUUUUCUUAAAUGGAGGAAUUUGGACUUUCUAUGCUUGCCUUGUACAAGACUGGUUCCUUGGAGUACCAAAUGCAAUUGGAUUUGUACUUGGAAUGGCACAGCUAGUGCUCUAUGCAAUUUAUAGUAACCCUGAAGCAUCAAAGCAAAUGGCUGCAGAUUUGGAGGAUGAACGGCAGACAGAGCCCCUACUUAAUGUUCCAGAACAAAAAUGAAAAGAUAUUAUUUUAGUAAUUUUUUAUUUAGUUAUUUUUUAUUUUAUUGUAUAAUUUAAUAUCGGUUAGUAGAGUAGAAAUGUAUAAUUAGUGACAACAAAUAU